GUUUAUAAGCGUCACGUUUAGAAACCCACACAAGGGUUUUUAAUACAAUACGUAUCGAACAUUUUUUUAAAUUGUUUAUUUAAUCGUUUUUGUUUUAAACCGAUACAACUAAAAACAGCGGAAUGACAAAAUAUGUGCCCCCACCCCCGAAAAUAGUACAUGUCUCAGUGGUUACCAUUGUUUAAAGUAUUAAAAGUCCUAUUGCAAAGAAGCGGCGGAGAAGAAAACAGGUUGUGAAAAGUUUCUUGGGGAGUUUGGGGUAACGGGAAACAUGACAGGAGCGAGGGAGGGUGCUGAUUGGGUAAAACUGCCUGUCUGAUACCUCUGCCAUCCAGCAAGACAACAGGGAGGGAGGUCACUCGAAAGGUCGUAGAGAGCAAGACGGACCGAUUGACGGAGAUGGCCCAGAGCGUCAAGUUUCACCUCGAUCUCCCAGAAGCUGAGGAGGGGCAGCAAGCCCUGGACUUCUCUCCAUAUGAUGAGAACAUCGUCCACGACUCCUUCAGUGAGCUGAUCGAGGAGCAGAGCCACAGCCAGGAUGGGUCUGAGGUCUUCGAGAUGAAAGAAAUGGGUGGAAGGGGGAGAGAAAACCCAGCCUUCCUGUCAUCUCCGCUGCACAGGGAGGAGAGACAGGAAUUGGAGCCGCUGCUGAGUGAAAAUUUCUCCCCCGUCACCCUGAGAGUGCUGUCAGCCAUGCCGAGCCGUACCAUUGGCCGCAAUCGCGGAGCAAUCAUCUCGCAGUACUACAACCGCACGAUGAAACUGCGACGUCGACGAAGCAGGCCCUCCAUCCGGGACCUGUCCCGCUCCGCCCGGCCCAGUAUCUGUGGAUACCGAGUGGAGACAGACCCAGAGGCAGUAGCAGAGGAAGAAAAUAGAAAACACCUGAUCGACAACCUACAGAACCUCUCUGUGAGCGAUAGGGGGCGCAUGCUGAAAACCAUGCCCCUCAGCCUGCUGGAGAAGAAGAAUCUGAGACAUGCCUGCAAUUCGAAGGGGUUUCCCCACUCCAAGAACCAGAUACCCUGCUGCAGUCAGCUCAAGUAUUACCUCAUCAUCGGUUUUCGUCACAGCUGGUACGGCUUGCUCUCCUUCCUGCACUCUCUGCAGCUGUGGCACGUGGAACUGAAGAAGGUGAGCGGGCGCUUCGGCACCGGCGUCCUCUCCUACUUCGUCUUCCUCAAGACGCUGCUGCUCUUCAACGUCUUCCUCCUCCUCGUCAACGUCUUCUUCCUCGCCGUCCCGCAGGCAGCCCACCCGCCCAGCAACCAGACCCACCGUGCCCCCUUCCAGGGGCUGGAACUGCUCACUGGGGCUGGCUAUUUCACAGACACGGUCAUGUACUAUGGUUACUACACCAACUCCACUGUGAACGGCUGCGGUCCGGCUCUCAAUGGCUCGGGGUGCGCCGUGGGCCAGAACAGCUUGGACACUCACCCCCGCAUGCCCUACAACAUUCCUCUCGCGUACUUCUUUACCAUCGGGGUCUCCUUCUUCAUCACCUGCAUCAUCCUGGUCUACAGCAUGUCCAAGUCCUUCGGGCAGAGCUACCGCAUUGACAACCCUCACGGGGACCUCGCCAUGAAAAUGUUCUGUUCCUGGGACUUCAAAGUGAUUAAGAAGAGCUCUGUGAAACUCCAGUGUGAGAAUAUCUGCACACAGAUGAAGGAGUUGCUGUCUGAGCUGGCUCGGGCAUCAGGACAGCAGACUCUGCUUCAGAAGCUGGCAAGGAUGACGGUGCACUUGCUGGCCUGGGCCAUGUCUCUGGGGAGCACCGUGGCGUGUGCCAUGGGUGUCUACUACUUCUCCACAUACAUGCACAAGGACCUGACCAUGAGAGUGUCUCGUAACGAGACCCUGAUCCACGUAGAGGCAAGCCUGCUGGCCCUGCCGGUGGUGGUGUCCACAGUGAACCUGCUUAUGCCAGGCCUCUUCAACGCGGUCGCGUGGAUGGAACAGUACGAUGCACCCAGCACAUCGGCCUACGUUGCCAUCUGCAGGAACUUGCUGCUGAAGAUGUCUGUGCUGGGAGUCCUGUGUUACCACUGGCUAGGAACGACCAUCAGUGGCCAUGUGACUCUAUCAAAACGGGUUAGGCAGAAUGGCUCUACUGGGGGACUGGAGUGCUGGGAGACCUUUGUGGGUCAGGAGCUGUAUCGCUUCUUGCUGAUGGAUUUCAUCUUUACAGUUCUGGACACCAUCUUCGGGGAGUUUGUCUGGAGGUUAUUUUCUCAGAAAGUGCUCAAGAGGAAAAGGAAGCCUGUGUUUGAUAUCGCCAGGAACGUGCUGGAGCUAAUAUACGGACAGACUCUCGCCUGGCUAGGAGUGCUGUUCUCACCAUUGCUUCCUGCUAUCCAGAUUAUUAAACUGGUUCUAUUGUUUUACAUUAAAAGGACCAGCCUGAUGAUGAACUGCCAGGCUCCCAGCAAGCCUUGGAGAGCCAGUCAGAUGACCACCAUCUUCAUCACCCUCCUGUGCUUCCCAUCAUUCCUAGGGGCAGCCGUGGCUGUCACCUACACCAUUUGGACAAUAAAGCCCUCACAGGGGUGCGGGCCCUUCAGGACGCUGAACACCAUGUUCGAGUCGGGGAAGAUCUGGGUUCAACAGCUGGAGGAAAUGAAUUCCAAUUUCUCCUGGUUCACCUGGAUUCAUAAGUACCUGGUGGAGAACCCCUUCUUCCUGUUCGCUGCUGCCGGCGUCCUCUUAAUUGUGAUCUAUUUCCACACGCAGGUUGUGGAUGGACAGAGGAAAAUAAUCUCUUUGUUACAAGAGCAAAUUGAUAAUGAGGGAGAGGACAAGAAAUUCCUGAUCACUCGCCUGCAGGAUAUUUACGAGAAGAAGCGUCCCGUUUCUGUGAGGUUUAAACAAAGGGAGAGAAGGGAUGACCGUCGGACAUUAACCUCAUGUGAUUAGAUAGGAGGACUAAUUGGAAUUAAAAUAUUUUCUCCAAAGAGACUGGAAAUAAACACGCUGGCACCAAUGACUGCACUUUAGCCACAUGAUAUGCUGUAGCAAAUAAAGACUGCAACAGCCAGUCUCCAGCACCACACUUGUACCGUUUCAUUAGCUAUGAGAUAUGGGAAGACUGCAACAAGGUCAGAGCUUAAAAAACCUCUGCAAGGCGUGUGAUGUUUCCGGUCUGGACCUGAAGAUAAGAAGCCAGUUUUUUUUAUUUUUUAUUAUUUUGUUUUAUUGUGUGUGUUGUUUUUUUUUUUUAAAACUAACCACUGCAACUCCGUAUUUAUGUAAAUAAUAGUCUUUUAUAUAUGUUGUAUUGGUAUGUUUUAUUAUAACAUUGGGAUUGACUGUGGUAUUUUCUUUGUAAUGCUCAAACUGUGAUAUGUUGUAUACAAAUAAAGAUUCAUACUAUAAAAUCA